GCUUGCUUCCCACUGUGGUCCUUCUCCUGAUCUCUGCCUCUGGAGUAGCUAGGAUUACAGGCAUGAACCACUGGUGUCCAGCUAAUGAAGAAGUUUCUUAAUCCCAGACAGAUGUGGCUAUAGCAACUGACAAUCAAUAUUUAGAAUUAGCUGAAAGCUCCACGCUGCCAUGUGCUGGGAAUUGUUGGGGCAGACACACUUUAUAUAUUUGAAAUUUUUUAUGAUAAGAGAUUUCAAUCUUCAGAUAAAUUACAGUUCAGAAACUUGAAACUACAAUAGCUCAGCUGUUGUGGACUCUGGGAGAAAUCUUGCUAGUUUCAAGCCAGUUUAUGAGCAGUUGGAAAGGACAGCCAUGAACAGCAGCAACUAGCACAGGUUCACUAAAUUGAAAUAUUCCAGACUAAUCUUAUUCCAUUUAACUUCAGGGUUCAGAAUCUGAUUUACCGCCAAGUCCCAGUGGCUCACAUCUGUAAUCCUAGCUACUCAAGAGGCAGAAAUCAGGAGGAUCUCGGUUCAAAGCCCGCUCAGACAAAGAGAUCAUGAGACUCAAUCUUGAAAAAACCCUUCACAAAAAAAGACUGGUAGAGUGGCUUAAGGUGUAGGCCCUGAGUUCAAACCCUAGUAUCACAUGCACACAAAAAUUGAUUUACCAGAGAAACAGUACACAAAAUGUCUAGAUUUUAGCAAAUCAUUGAUUGGCAGCAUCUCAUGAUAUUUACUGGAGAGAUCCACCAAAAAGUGGAAAGGCCUGCUUUGUUUUAUACAGUAUUAGGGGAAAGAGCGUCAUCCUAGAAUCAAGAGACUGAAUAUGAAUCUUGGCUCUGUCCCUUUCUAGCUAUAUGUCUGGCUAUGUUAAUCCUCUCUGAGCCUUAACUUCUUUGCCAAUAAUUGUAAAGGUAACACAAAUGAGCACCCCUAAACAAAAAUCCAUGGAAUUUCAGAUUUUGGAGCAUUUCAGAUUUUCAUAUAGUCUACAAAAAUACUCUAAAAUUCAAAAAUUUUUCAACAUCUGAAACAUUUCUGGUCUCGGUUAAGGCAUACUCAACCUGUAUUUACUUUUUUUUUUUUGGUUGGUGGUAUUAGGGUUUAAACUCAUGAACUCAGUACUCAAUGCUUGCUAGGCAGAUGCUCUGCCACUGGACCUCCAGCCGUGUAAUUGUGUUCUAAAAAAGGCCUGGGGCAAGUUGCAGGAGAGACUGAAAUAGCCUGUGUUCCACCACAAGUCUAAGCGAGGAGGACUCCAGAAAUGGAGGUCACUUGUGCACCUCCUAAAGAGAAACUCUACCAACCAAGAGAGGUCCAGCCACGGAGUUAAUGCUUGCUGAAUUCCUAUCCUGACCUUGUUGCCACUAGAAGAGCUCAAAUGGAAGUUGGGAAGAGGCGAUUUUCAGGUGUUUUGUUUGGGGUUUUUCUUGCUGUCUUCUUGUAGUUCCGGGGAUAAAUCGCAGGAACUCCAACAGGCAAAGCACACACUCUACCAGUGAGUUACACCCACAGUCAUGAGGCGAUUUUCUACACUGGCAAGAGUUUAUUUAGACUUGGACGCCUUUUCAGUUCUAAUGUUCCAGAUGUUCCUGGUGGAUGAAUGCGUCUCCUAGGCAACACCUUUUCCUUCCCCACCGUAGAACUCAGGUCAGCCUGAAAACCUGAUGAGCUGUGAACCUACCGCUUACACUGUUGUAAUAGAUGGUCUCUUCCAGAUGCCUUUAGACUAAGCAGGAGACGAGGGGACCCCAAGGGCCAGUACGGAGUCUUCCUGUGGCUUCAGAGAGUCCGCCAGAUGGCGAUCUGGGACUGAACGCAAGAUCAACUUCCUUCCUCUUCCCCUAACUUCCGAGCAGUGGGGCUCGGCUGGGUCCUGCAGGCUGCCCCCUGGGGUUCCCCAGCUUCAGAGGUAGCCAAGCACUAGUCGCAGCAAAAGCCGAACAGCAGCGAGGGCUCCCACCCGGAAGGACAAGCCUGGGCGGGUGAAGAGACCGGGGCCGGGGCUCUCGGCUAGGAGUGGGGCUUGGGGCUCGGGACUCUGCCAGUGGUCCCCUCCCCUCGGGCGGGUCCAGCGGACAGAGCUCCCGCUGGGUGGAACCUCAUUCCCGCUGCCGGCCCAGUGCAAACCUUUCUCCUCUAAGGGGCGCGGUUGCGUCGCUCCCGGUUGGCUACGCAAGUCCCGGAGUUAAACUUUUAGCCAAUGAAAAAGGGAAUGGGGAGUGACGCACGGAGACGUCACGGGAAUUCCCCCCACCCGGGGGCCGAAAAGGGGCUUUCCCGGCUGAAGUCUUGAUAGCUGAAGAGGUGUCUCGACCCGUCCGAGGAGAGUCGGGUCCGGAAAGAAGCCGGAACCGGAGUCGCCGCCACGGCGGGCGCCUAAAACGCUAAGAAGUCGAAUCAGGGCUGAAGACACCAGACAGAGCCGGGCCUAGCCCAGAGACAUGGACAGUUGCUACAACCCAGGUCUGGACGGCAUCACUGAAUAUGAUGACUUCAAAUUCAACCCCUCCAUUGUGGAGUCCAAGGAUCCAGCCCCAGACACAGGUAAGUCCCCUAACCUCACCUUGUCUUGGAGGAGAAGCGCAAGCAUAUACCCUCUGCCCAGAGGAUGGGCUCAGAGAGUCUGGCUCAGUAAAACUCCCUCUGUCUCUAGCUGAUGGCCCCUACCUGGUGAUUGUAGAGCAGCCUAAGCAGCGAGGCUUCCGAUUUCGAUAUGGCUGUGAAGGCCCCUCCCAUGGAGGCCUGCCAGGUGCCUCCAGUGAGAAGGGCCGGAAGACCUAUCCCACUGUCAAGAUCUGUAACUACGAGGGACCAGCCAAGAUCGAAGUGGACCUGGUAACACACAGCGACCCACCUCGUGCUCAUGCCCACAGCCUGGUGGGAAAGCAAUGUUCGGAGCUAGGGGUCUGCGCCGUGUCUGUGGGGCCCAAGGACAUGACUGCCCAAUUUAAUAACCUGGGUGUUCUGCAUGUGACCAAGAAGAACAUGAUGGAGAUUAUGAUACAAAAACUUCAAAGACAGCGGCUUCGCUCCAGGCCCCAGGGCCUUACAGAGGCUGAGCGACGAGAGCUGGAACAGGAGGCCAAAGAACUGAAGAAAGUAAUGGAUCUGAGUAUUGUGCGGCUGCGCUUCUCUGCUUUCCUUCGAGCCAGUGAUGGUUCCUUUUCCCUGCCCCUGAAGCCUGUUAUCUCCCAGCCCAUCCAUGACAGCAAGUCUCCAGGGGCCUCAAACCUAAAGAUUUCCCGAAUGGACAAGACAGCGGGCUCUGUGCGAGGUGGAGAUGAAGUUUAUCUGCUUUGUGACAAGGUGCAGAAAGACGAUAUUGAGGUUCGCUUCUAUGAGGAUGAUGAGAAUGGAUGGCAGGCCUUUGGGGACUUCUCUCCCACAGAUGUUCAUAAACAGUAUGCCAUUGUGUUCCGCACACCCCCCUAUCACAAGAUGAAGAUUGAGCGUCCUGUAACCGUGUUCCUGCAACUGAAACGCAAGCGUGGUGGGGAUGUCUCUGACUCCAAACAGUUCACCUAUUACCCUCUGGUGGAAGACAAGGAGGAGGUGCAGCGGAAGCGGAGGAAGGUCUUGCCCACCUUCUCCCAGCACUUCGGGGGUGGCUCCCACAUGGGAGGAGGCUCUGGGGGCUCGGCUGGGGGUUUUGGAGGAGCUGGAGGAGGUGGCAGCCUCGGCUUUUUCCCCCCCUUGGCCUACAGCCCCUACCAGUCCGGCACGGCCCCAAUGGGCUGCUAUCCGGGCGGCGGGGGUGGGGCGCAGAUGGCAGCCGAGGCGCCAGGCGUGGAUGCUGGAGAGGAAGCAUCGGAGCCGAGCGCGCCUCCCGGGAACCCCCAAAGUGAGCCACAGGCCCCAGACGCGUUGCAGCAAGCUCAAGAGUACAACGCGCGCCUGUUCGGCCUGGCGCAGCGCAGCGCCCGAGCCUUGCUUGACUACGGCGUCACAGCGGAUGCGCGCGCGCUGUUGGCGGGACAGCGCCACCUGCUGACGGCGCAGGACGAGAACGGAGACACGCCACUGCACCUGGCCAUCAUCCAUGGGCAGACCAGUGUCAUUGAGCAGAUAGUCCAUGUCAUCUACCAUGCCCAGUACCUUGGUGUCGCCAACCUCACCAACCACCUGCACCAGACACCUCUGCACCUGGCAGUGAUCACUGGGCAGACAAGGGUGGUGAGCUUCCUGCUACAGGUGGGUGCAGACCCCGCACUGCUGGAUCGACAUGGAGACUCAGCCAUGCACCUGGCGCUGCGGGCAGGUGCUGGAGCUCAAGACCUGUUGCGUGCCCUACUGUGCAGUGGAGCUUCUGCUGUGACCCAAAUGUUGCACAUGCCUGACUUUGAGGGACUAUACCCAGUCCACCUGGCAGUUCGUGCUCGAAGCCCUGAGUGCCUGGAUUUGCUGGUGGACAGUGGGGCUGAAGUGGAGGCUGCAGAACGGCAGGGGGGCCGAACAGCCCUGCAUCUAGCCACAGAGAUGGAGGAGCUGGGGUUGGUCACCCAUCUGGUCACCAAGCUCCAUGCCAAUGUGAAUGCCCGCACCUUUGCUGGAAACACACCUCUACACCUGGCAGCCGGACUGGGAUCCCCGACCCUCACCCGCCUCCUUCUAAAGGCUGGUGCUGACAUUCAUGCAGAGAACGAGGAGCCCCUGUGCCCACUGCCCUCACCUCCCACCUCAGAGAGUGACUCAGACUCUGAGGGGCCUGAGAGGGACACCCAAAGCAGCUUCCGGGGCCACACACCUCUUGACCUCACUCACAGCACCAAGGUGAAGACCUUGCUGCUAAAUGCUGCUCAGAACACCGUGGAGCCUCCCCUGACACCGCCCAGCCCUGCAGGACCAGGGCUGUCACUUGGGGAAGCAGCUCUGCAGAACCUGGAGGAGCUACUAGACAGACCAGAAGCCCAGGGCAGCUGGGCAGAACUGGCAGAGCGUCUAGGGCUGCGCAGUUUGGUGGAUACAUACAGGAAGACAGCCUCGCCUAGUGGCAGCCUUCUGCGCAGUUAUAAGCUGGCUGGUGGAGACUUGGCGGGUCUGCUGGAUGCACUGGCUGACAUGGGUCUAGACGAAGGAGUGAGACUGCUGAGAGGUCCUGAGACCCGAGACAAGCUGCCCAGUACAACAGCAGAGGUGAAAGAAGACAGUGCAUAUGGGAGCCAGUCAGUGGAGCAGGAGACAGAAAAACUGGGUCCACCUCCUGAGCCACCAGGAGGGCUCUGCCACGGGCACCCCCAACCUCAGGUGCACUGAGCUACUGCCCAUCUUCAGCCCUCUUCCUGGACCCCUCUGUACAGCAUCCUUACCUACUCCAAAUCUUAUUUAACACCUAAUGCCCACAUCUCAGCUGGGGCGAAUAAAGGAUUCUCAUGGGAAGUGGAAAUCCCACCUCCUAAUUUAUGGCAGCCCCCAAUAUGACUCUUGUCCCUGGAACCAGCUUCU